AUGCUUCCUUCUUUUUUCAUUCUUAGUUCUCUUUUUGUGUUGCCGGGUUUAGGUGCCAGCGUCUCCAACACCAAGACCAACAGCAACGCCGCCACCCAGAAUGCCAACGGACUUAGAACCCAUACGUUUUAUGGCUCCUCCGUACGUCUACCGUUCGGUACUGCUGCUGAUCCAGAAUUAAUCAAGGAGUACGGGGGUUUUACUAUCGAACUUGCCGAAAGACUAAAAAGUGAAGGUCGGGAUCGAGUCGGAUUGGGCGCCCAUUCUUCCAACGUCCUUAUUGGCAACAGAAAAUAUUUUCCAAGGGAGAAUGUGUAUGUUUACGAAUUCGACAGCGGAAAUGACCGGCUUUUCCGUGCCUAUGAUGCUCACCUUACCAACAUUCGCACCGACUAUGGGAGGAUCACACAGCCGUCUGAGCAGGUGAAUCCUUUAAAUCUGAAUCAUAACGCAGUGGAGAUGGCAAAAACGUUCCAAAUACCCAUUGAAGAAAUUUUAGGAGCAUGGUAUAUUGGGCCGGAACGUGGAGGUCUUUGGGCUGUCAGGUUCCAGAAAACAUCGUAA